AUGGACGCCAUCCUGGACCGGGUCGACUUCGACCAGGACCAGCCGCUGCUCCUGCUCCAUGUCAUCCCGCUUGCCUUUCCCGCCCUGCUGACGGCGGCCCCUCCGCACGCCGGGCACCGUGCCCUGCUCAAGCUCCUCGGCCACGCCGACAGCCUGGCGCAUCUUUCCGAGCUGGCGCACAUCGCCCGGGCUGUGGCCCGCCCUGCGCAUGUCGCCGGGUCCGGCGACUCCCCCUUCCCGGGGGUCGACGCCCUCAACGGCUUCCUGGCCAUGUGCAUCUUCGGCCCGGCCGGCAUGGACCUCGUCCUCCACCCGGAGACCCGCGUCAUCGACUGUGACUUCGACCCGGGCCCGGCCUUUGCCGAGUGGGACGACGACUCGGCCGAGGCCCACGCCCACCGCGAGCACCCGGCCACCAGCCACGGGCAUCGGACACGGGAUUGCGAAGACCACGCGAGCCAGGCCGAAAGCCACGGCGAUCUCGGGGGCCCGUGCUCCCGGGAUGCAUGCCCCGCCGUCGGCAUGCGCCAGGGCCAGCACCUUGACGCUGGCGGCGACCUGGCGGGCGGCCACGAAGCUGGCCACAGCGAGGUCCGUGACAGUGACGAGAGCUCCAUCGCCGACCAGCACUCCGACCAGCACUCCGACCAGGACUCCGACGAGGAUGACCCGCUCCCGGCCAUGCCACCGGUGGUGCACUUCUCCAUGGGGAACGCCCAAGGGGACGGCGCCCCGAAGAGGCUGGACCCGAUCCUGCAGGAUCUGCUGGCCACCGGCCGACACACCCUCCCCGCGGGCCUGCCCUUUGACACCAACUACCCGCAGCUCCUGUGGUUCCUGGCCCGGUGGGCCGACAACCGGGACCUGCUGAACAUCUUCCAGGCCUUCCAGGAGGCGGGGUGCUGCUCGACGCCCGUGCACCUUCUGCAGAUGCUGGAAUUCGCCACCAGCCGGGCGGCUGCCCUGCUGACCAUGCUGCUGGAGCCGGCCCUGGCGGUCGUCGGACAGUCGGCCAUCCUCGAUGGCACCGACGCCGACAGCCUGCCCCUGGUGCACGGGCACGUCCUCGUGUCCGGCACCAUCCUGCUCAAGUGGCUGCAGUUCGCCUGCGACGCGCCCCUCGAUCUCCCCCCGCCCCCGGCCGGGGCCGCCCUCGCCGGCAUGGGCACCCUCCUGCCGCGCGUGCUCGCCGUGGCCCUGACGGUCCUGGACGCCUACCAUGAUGUCGGCCCCACCGCCAUCUACCGGCAAAAGAUGAUCGUCAAGCGCCUGCUCUUGAUGACCAGCCACCUGAUCGCCACCGCGGCGGCCUACCUCCGCCGGUGGCCAUGCUCCUCGGGCGACGCCCCCCUCCCCCGCAUGCGGGAUCCCUCGGCCGCGAGCUGGGCCCCCCUGCUGCUGGCGUACUGGACGCACCUGGCCCCGGUGAUGAAUGCCGCGGCCCCGGUCCACCGGCAGGCCCUCUCGCACAUCAUCCACAUCGUGGUGGCCCUCCCUGAGGAUGGCCCCCUCGGCCCGAGCGCGGGCCCCCUCCAGCAGAUGCUCCUCCUGCUGCCGGCCGACGAGACCCCCUCGCCGGGGGUGUCCCCCAUCGGGGCUCUGUUCGGCCCGCCGGCGGAGAACUACCCGACGCUGGUCUUUGACCGCCUGGCGGACGGCCGCCAGCCGGCCCCCACCCGGGACACCCUCCACCGGGAUCUCCUCCGCGCGCAGGCGCUCCCCCGGCAUCCGGCCGCCUCCCGGGCCCGGACGGCUUCGGGCUGA